AAUUGAAAUCGAGUUUCAAGGUGAUGAAAAAGUGCAUUCACACCGAACGCGUAUAUUGUAUUAUUUGCAUGAGUUGAUUUUGUAUGAUUUUAAAAAUUUAUAUGGCCGUUUCGAUAUAUUUUUAAAAUCUUUUCUCAUGAUUUUUUUUUACUGGUAUGGAUAGCUAUUAUUAUUAUUAUUAUUUUUUUUUUUUACGUUUGUUCGCAUGCAAAAGGGAUAACUCAACUAAAACAAAUGUCAUUCUAGAAUCAAGGUUCUCGUCAUAAGCACAAUUUCCCUACUAAAGUUAACACGAUAAUGACCACUUAAUGCCGUACAUGAAACUGAUUAUUAUUAUUAUUAUUUUUAUCUGUGUGAACUUAUUAAAACACUUUCAUAUUUUUACGCCUGAUGAUUACGUAACUUAUUCGUUAUACAUAGAUUUAACCAAAUUUUCUAUUGUUCCAUUUUCUUACUUUAUUUUAUAAUGUAUUCCCCUUCGCAGAUGAUGACGUCACAACUCAGCACCCUCCUCGUCCUCCUCGCUUCAGUCGCGCUGCUGACCAAGGCUGACCCCAAGGCUGACCCCAAUCCGAAGGCUGGCCCGGUAGCGAGUCCUGACGCUUUGGCUGACCCGGUGGCUGACCCGGAGGCUAGUGCUGACCCCGUCGCUGACCCAGAUGCCAGUCCUUACCCCGAGGCUGACCCCGAGGCCGACCCCGAGGCCGACCCCGAGGCCGACCCCGAGGCCGACCCCGAGGCUGACCCAAGCUACCCUGGGUACAACGCUUACCCUACCCCUUGCUACCCCAAGACUUAUUACGUCACGAAAUACCAGACGCAAGUUCAGCAGGUCCCUGUCUACGAGACCGUCUACAAGCAGCAGUACAUCCCAACCACCCUGUACCACACCCAGUACCGCACCCAGUACAACACAGUGUACCUGACCGAGUACGUUCCCAAGUACAUCACCAAGAGCAUUUACAAAACCCAAGUACAGUACGUUACCCAGUACAAAACUCACCACCACACCAAUUACAACACAGCUUACCCCCACACAAACCCAGCCACCCAGUACCAGACCCAGGUAGCGUACCAGCCUAUCUACAGCACUGUCUAUGCACCCCAGUAUGUUACCAAGACUGAAGUGAAGUAUCAUACCCAAUACCAGACACAGGUCGUGCCCCAGUACUUCACCAUUACGAAGGCACAUCAUACUUAUAAAACCGUGUGCCCUAAUGCUGGCUAUGUUCGUUAAAAGGUAAAAAAAAGAAAAAGUUAAAGAAAGGUUACUUGACAGACAGCGCCUCCUACCCAUCUUCAUUUAAAAAAAAACACGUGUACAGUUCUGUAUUUAUUGACCUCCAUUUUCUAUGCUUUUGUAACUUUUCUGGAAUUCCGUUUUCUACGUCGAAGUGAAUUUUAUCCAUUUCACUUUUCUGUGGAGUGUAUAGUUUCACGUCUUUUAAACGCGAUAUUUUCACUCCUUUUUUUCUAUUUCUAUGAGAUACUUUACACGUAUUUUCUUGUUCUUAUGUAAAUUUGCUUGUUUCU